ACGUCCUGGUGCGCUGCGACCGACAGCCGGGUUGAAUAGAGAUGUACUUGCGCCUUGGGGCUCUCACUAGCGCCGGGUGGUUGGUGGCGACGUGCCCGGCCUUCGUAUCACACCAAAGACCAACGUGGAAGCCAAUCUCAGUGAACGCCAAAUGUUCCGCUUCCGAGACAAAGCCGCGGCAGCAAUGGACGGCUGCGCCUCCCGUCGGGCCGCCGGGACGGCGGGAGCUGCGUCGCGCCGCCCAGCAGCGGGAAGAACCGGGUUCGGCAACGGCGGAGGUGGAGGCCGUCGGGGACGUGCGGCGGGUCUAUGAGACGUGGCGAUGGCGAGGUCACAAGAUCAACUACAGAGUAGAAGGAGCCGAGGACGCCCCUCCUAUUCUCCUGAUUCACGGUUUCGGUGCGUCAAUCGGCCACUUCCGGAAGAACAUCCCCACCCUCGUGGGUGAGGGCUAUCGAGUUUACGCGAUCGAUCUCCUCGGCUUCGGCGCGAGCGACAAGCCGAAGGACGUGGAGUUCUCUCUGGAGCUUUGGCAGGAAAUGCUGACCGAUUUCAUCAGCGACAAGUCUAGGGGCGAGUCGGAGCAGUGGGUCGUGAUGGGGAACUCGAUUGGCGGCCUUCUGACGCUAAUGCUCACCGAGGGGCUGCAGGAAGCGCGAAAGGUCCGCGGGUCGGUCCUCUUUAACACCGCCGGGGGCCUGGUGAGCUUCCGGAAGUCGGAGCUCCCGUUCUACCUGCUUCCGGUCAUGUGGUUCUUCAACAACGUGGUGUUUGGCCCUUACUUCGGGCCGAAAUUUUUCGCGAACUUCAAGACAGAGGAGAACGUCCGAAGCGUGCUGAAGCAGGUGUACUGCCGACCCGAAGCGGUGGACGACGACCUCGUAAAGCUUUUGAUUACCCCGAGCGACGACGACGGAGCUUGUGACGUUUUCCUCAAGGUGUUCACGGGGCCGCCGGGGCCCACCCCGGCCUCUUUGCUAAAGAAAAUCAAGGACACCAAGGUCCUUGCUUUGUGGGGCGAGUUGGACCCCUGGACCCCCCUCAAGACCGGCCUGCACGCCGGGGACACGCUCGGCCAGUACCUCGACACGUUCGAGCUGGUGGUCCUGCCCGAGACCGGCCACUGCCCCCACGACGAGAACCCGGAGGAGUGCCACGCAGCGAUUUUACCCUGGCUCAAGACGCUGGCGUGAAAAAGCUAUGUAUUUGCCAGCCUCCGUGCGAAAUUAGCGCGCUUUCGUGGACGACAGCAUUGGAAAAGACGUGCGCCAUGUGUAGCUACUGGGGGUGCCUCGUGGACGGGUUGGUGUUUUUGUUGUGUCUCUGUGGUGGGAAAGCACACUUUCGGCGAUGCAUGGAAGUAUAGUUUGACGUUUUUGGCUACGCAUGGGGAGUGUAAGCCUCUGUUGUUCAUUGUUUAGACCCUUGUGCCCCGAGCACAGCUCGGGCAGGGACAGGAGACGUCGGGCCUUUCGCCGACUGGGCCCAAGGGUGGGAGUGGGGUACCCCGUGCAUAGUCUACAGCUAGCUAUGGCAGUGUUACGAGAUUGCCUGUAUAUAUAGCACAAGUUUUAGUUUGCGACGUACAGCGAGAGGAAGAUGGCGUUUCUUGUAGCGCUUUUGUGAAGCUACCGAAGCCUGACGUUGAGGCACUUAGAGAAGGUGACUUGAUUGGUUGCGAAAUUCAUUUGUGGCCGUGGUCGGCACAACCGAUAGAUAGAUUUGGGGGUGCGGUUUGUCCUUCCGUUCGUUGUGAAUUUUGCAGCAGAAAUAGCCAAAGGCUACACUGCAAAGAAAGUCGAUUGCCUCGCUUUUACGGCCAUUGUUGUGUCUCCCGUGACCAAAUGAUCUGACGAAGAAAAAAAAAAGAUCCUAUGUAGAACGAACAGAUCAUGACAAGAGUGCAAGGAGAGACGUCAUAGAAGUUGAUGUGUCACGAAUAAGCCGAGGGUAGGAAGAACAGCACAACUUUA